CUUGUGUGAUAAUGGAGCGCGUGCUCUGCUCACUCAGGUAGAAGCUACGAACAAACCAGGAAGUGUCUACUACUCGAACGUAUUUCGUGUUAUUUAUACGUUUUUAACAUGUCAAGUGAAGUCAGAUAUUGCGACAGGUGCUCGUACCUAUUUCUCAAGUUCUCGUUAAUCGUAUAUGCAACAAUAUUCUGGCUCAUAGGGGGCUUUAUUUUGGCCAUUGGCAUUUAUGCGGAGGUGGAGAGGCAACAGUACAAAACUCUGGAAGGAGUAUUCCUGGCUCCUGCCAUUAUCCUCAUUGUGCUCGGUGUGAUCAUAUUCAUCGUCUCCUUCAUUGGCGUUCUGGCGUCUCUCAGAGACAACUUGUGCCUUCUCAAAGUGUUUCUUUACAUGCUGGCUCUCUGUCUCAUUUUGGAGCUUGUCGGUGGGAUUCUUGCUUUGAUCUUUAGGACACAGACAGAGGACCUUCUCAACAAAAACAUCCGUAAAGGCAUGGUCAAUUACUAUGAUGACCUUGAUUUCAAAAACAUCAUGGACUUUGUUCAGAAAACGUUCAAAUGUUGUGGGGGAACCGACUUCACGGACUGGAAGGUGAACAUGUAUCAUAACUGCUCUGCUCCUGGUCCUCUAGCAUGUGCGGUGCCUUAUACCUGUUGUCAGAGCAAGCAUUCUGAAGUUGUUAAUACUAUGUGUGGAUACAGGGCCCUGGUGAAAGAGAGGCUAGAAAAUAUAGAUGCGAUCUACACCCGUGGUUGCACUAAUGCCGUCUUCAUUUGGUUCAUGGACAACUAUAAAGUCAUGGCUGGACUUCUUCUGGGCAUCUUAGUUCCUCAGUUUUUUGGUGUGAUCUUUGCCUGGCUUUAUAUCACCCGUGUGGAAGAUGCCAUUGAGGAGUAUGGACACUAUAUGGAUGGUCUGCUGGACAGCGGAACCUGGGAGACCAAGUACCAAAGCAAGUGGGCCAAAUGCUGCAAAUGCAUGCCUUUGCAAGUGCAAACUCCUAAAAAGCCUUAAAUUGGAUGGAAAAAAGGAUUUAUACAUGUGCUGUGGAUGAAGUGAACUGUGCUGUUACUUUUGUAAUACAGAUACACUGAUGCAAGCAAUUUUUAUACUGUCAAUAUCGUUUUCACAGUUACUCCCAGGAUUCAUUAUUUCAUCUGUCAGCUGAAAAUGGGUAGUUUUUUUUGUGUCAAAUAUACUGAUGCUAGGACUGACCUUCUGUCUUGGGACUAAAUCAGAUCUGAAGCAGUACACUAAAGACAGAGUCAGAAUGCCUUUAGAUUUUACACAGGUUAGUUGUGUUUAACAGGGAAACUGUUUUGAUUGAAUUGGCACCCUGUCAUUCUCAGGUAAUACAAUUCCAGGUUUCUUUUUUCCAGUGCAAACAGUGCUCUUCGCAUAAGUUAACGUCUACCGUUAAAGUCCAUAAAAACGGCAGCUACACUGAUCAUAAUAAGAGUGCUGUUUCCCCUGUACAUUGUGUCUAAGAUGAGUAAUAGUAUAAAUCCUGACUAUAAAACAUUUCCACAUUUAAAAGCUGUGUAAAUCUUUACUUUUUUUAUUUGAUUAUUGCUUUACUUCAGAUUGAGUCUUUACCUGAAAUGGGUUGUUCCUCUUAAUUUUAAUAAUAUACUGCUUAUUAUGAGCUGAUUAUUUUGUAAUCUGUGAAUUUUAAUGUCCAUCGUUUACAUUUUUAUUUUGUCUAGAUUAUUUUUCAAACUCAACAUAUUUCUGUCAGAGCUGCAUGUGUAUGUCUUGUAUAUCUUUAAAGUGUUUUUCCCUUUCUUUUUUGCCAAAUGGUGAUGAUUUUUUAUUAUAACUGCAUAUCUUGACCUGUUUUUAUAAAUAAAUACAUAAGAUGGAUGUUUCCUGACAGGAGAAUCAUCUGAAGGCAUAUUUAUUUUAAUGCACAAAAUAUUGCAUUCAUAUGUCAUUGUUCAGUGAAAGACAAUUGCAAACAAACAGGUUGAAGUGAAUAAUAUUAAGCCUUAACAUUUUUCUGUCCUUUUUUUCUUGGUCUAUUUGGGUUUUCUCUGCUGUUUUUAUGUGAUUUCAGUGGCUAUAUCUUGACCUGACUGUUAAAGCUUGAGCAUUGCCCUGAACACAGUGAGUGUCCUGCUGAAUGAAUGAAUAAAUGAUGUUUACAGA